ACGUGAGAAAGUUUCUUGAAGGGUUGUUAUUUUUUCCUUGAAGGAAUCACUGGAAUUACUCGAGAAUUAAUUAGAAAACCUACCGCUUCUGACCAGGAUGAUCAUCUCCAGAACAUUGAGAUUCUGUGGGAGACAAGCAAAAUCCCUGACAAUCCAGAAAUUCUACUCAACGGAGAAGCCCACCUGGCCAAGGAAAAUCUUCUCGGGGAUUCAACCUACAGGUGGUUUACACAUUGGGAACUACUUGGGAGCCAUUUCCCGGUGGGUUGAGCUUCAAAACACCGGAGAGGAUGUCACGUAUUGCAUUGUUGAUCUCCACUCAAUUACCCUGCCCCAGGACCCGGCGUGCCUCAAAGAGAACAUUCUACAUAUGACAGCAGCACUCCUGGCAUGUGGAAUUGACCCUCAGAAGUCUGUUCUUUUCCUGCAAUCGGACGUGAAGCAACACGCAGAGCUAGGAUGGAUUCUUGGAUGUCACACAACUAUGGCUCGUCUUGGGCAUCUGCCGCAGUUCAAGGAGAAAUCCACAAAGGUCAAGGAGAUCCCUCUGGGAAUCUUCGUAUACCCUGUCCUGCAAGCAGCUGAUAUUCUCCUUUACAGAGCAACGCACGUUCCUGUCGGAGAGGAUCAAGUUCAGCAUUUGCAACUAGCACAGCAUCUCGCCAAGACAUUCAACACAAAGUACGGCAACACCUUUGCACACUGCCAUGCCCUCGUAUCCACGGAUUUGAGCAACAGAAUCAAAAGCCUCCGGGAUCCAACAAAGAAAAUGUCCAAAUCCGACACUGAUCCCAAAUCCGUCAUCUUCCUCACUGAUCCACCGGAUGCAGUUGUGGAGAAAGUCAAAAAAGCCAUAACAGACUUCACUUCCGCCGUAACAUUUGAACCAGAUGCCCGUCCGGGAGUGUCAAAUCUCAUCACAAUUCAUUCUCUAAUGACCGGGAAGACACCUGAAGCCAUCUGUGUGGAAUGUACGGAUGUAGAUACGGGAAAGUACAAAGGAAGAGUAGCAGAAGCUGUAAUUGAACACUUAAAUCCCAUUAGGAUGCGACUAGAGGACUAUUCGAAGCAUCCGGAAUAUCUUUGUCAGGUACUCCAGGAGGGAGCUGAUAGAGCAUCCAAAGUUGCCGAAGAGACACUGCAGGAAGUAAAAGAUAAAGUCGGUCUGGGCAGAAUUGGAAGUUUUGUUAAAAGGAAAUCCAAAAAAACUCAAGAAAAUUAGGAAAAUUUAAGAAAUUUUUGAAGUUCCGGAGAACUUGGAGGGAGCUAGUGUGAGGUUAUGUUGUUCGAAGCGCUGCAAGUUGUUAUUAAACUCCAAAGAAAUCAUAAA